ACUUUGAUUUUGCUAGUAAUUUUACUUAAGUAAGCGUACGUGCAUACAAUCAUGUUAAAUUUUUUGAAACAAACACGAAAUUUUGUGAAUUCCACUGAUGCUAUAUGCAUUGUUUUGGGUAAUGAAUCUUGUGACUUGGAUUCAGCUGUGUGUGCAAUAACGCUAGCCUAUCAUUAUCAACAACACAAUCGUCAAUAUGAUAACUCAAAUAAUGGGAGCAAAACAAAUUUUCUACCUGUUCUGAAUAUAGCGAGGCGCGACUAUCCCAUCAAAACUGAAGUGCUUCACUUAUUUAGCCAGCAAACAAUCAGCGAAGAACACUUAACCUUCCGCGAUGAGCUACAUCAGGACUUUUUAGCACGCAGUCAGUUCAUUCUGGUAGAUCAUCACGUUAGUACUUUUGCCGCGCGCUGCCUAGAGGUUUUUGACCAUCGUGCGUUUGAUGGGAAGUCGAAUUUAUCUAGCGAUUGCAAAAUCCACUUAGAGUUAGUUGGCUCAUGUGCUACACUAAUCGCAGAGCUAUUAUUAAGCACAUAUUUGGCAGCCGACCCUGCAGAAUUGGUGAAAAUUAAAUCACAAUUGGCAUUGCUCCGCAGUACAAUUGUGUUAGACACAGUAAAUUUCAGUGAGGCGGCAAAUCGUGCAACACCAAAAGAUAUUGAAAUAUGUACGAAGCUAGAGGAAUUGCUUGGAAAGGUGCCUAACGGUGAGCCUUUGAAUGAGCGAACUGAACUAUUUGAUGUACUAGUAAAAGCGCGCGCCGAUGUAAGCAGCUUAACAGCGCUACAACUUUUGCAUAAAGACUUGAAAAUACUUACCAAUAGUGAUGCCAGCUUAAAUAUCGCAAUACCGGGAUUUCCAUUGUUGGUGCAACAGUUCAUUGAAAAACCUAACGCAGCAAGUGCUGUUAAGGAAUUCGCCAAGGAUACAAAUUCGUCAAUUGUACUCCUAAUGGGGAUGCUGGUAACGAAUGGGAGCGUACAGCGCGAUCUGGGCUUAAUAAACAUGGGAUCGAGUGAACUUUGCGCAGCAAUAAACAAAACGCUUUUAGAAACUAGCGAACCAGCGCUUUGUUUGCAGCUCUAUGAAGAGUGCAAUUUUCUUAACGGCGCCUUCUACAAAAUGCUUAACAUAAAAGCUACACGAAAGCAUGUUUUGCCUUUGAUAAAGCAAUUACUUGACCAAUGGCAACAACAAUGUAAGGAAAAGUAAGCGCUAGCUUAAUUUAUAACUGUGUAAAUUUCAGGAACUAAUCUGAUCGUCUAUAUACAUAUGUGUAUAUUUGUA